AUGUCUGGCCGGUGGCGCUCCUUAGCUGACAAGCACGCCCAUGAAGAGACUGCCCGAGCCGUAAACGCAAAGCCGCGGCGCAGCAGCAGCUGCUCGCUGCAGCGCUACCGCCACCACCCGAGCAUCAGCAGCAGCAGCCGCAGCCGCAGCCACGAAGCCGACUACGAAGCCGCUGCUGCUCCUCGAAGAGGCAGCAGAAGCCGCAGCAGCAGGCACUUGUCUCUUUGCAGCAACCCUGCUACGAGGUCGCGGCCACACCCGCAGUACCAGCAGCACCGACAGCAGCAGCAGCAGCAGCAGCAAGAGCAGCAACCCUACGUGUACCCUCGCAAGAGGCUUCCAGGCACUUCACACAGCACCUCCCGAGUUUCGCUGCAUGUAAAUCCGAACCACGAGCGCCUGAAUGAGCCGGUACACGAGUACACUUUAGAUCAGCAGCCGCAGCAGCAGCAGCAGGAGCAGGAGCAGCAGCAGCAGCAGCAACUGCUGAUGCGGAGCCGGCGGCCUGUGCAGCUGAACCCCCCGCGCUGGUUUCGCGUUAACGGCGAAGCCCCGAGGGGCCCUAAGGCAGAUUUCUCUUCCCAAGACAGCAGCAGCCGGCCGCGUGUGCUGCUUCAGCCGCGGCCGCAGUAUGCAGACGCAGGGAAAAUGCAGCAGCAGCAGCAGCAGCAGCAGCAGUGGCAGCAGCCUCCACGGCGCGUCACUGCUCUUUUGCACGAAAGGAGUUCCAACAGAGUUCUUCUGAGGGCCCGCGAUGAUGCUGCUGCCUCGGAUUGGCCGGACAGCUUCCAAGGCAGAAGGCGUUACAAAGACGAAAUCGAGACUGAGCCACGGGAGCGCGAGAGGAGCCCCAAGCGGCAAAGGCGGGGCAGCAGCGGCAGCAGCAGCAGCAGCAGACGCAGCAGCAGCAGAGGCGGCAGCAGCAGACGCAAAGUGCAUUACCGGCCUUAUGCGUCGCCUGAGAGAUAUGCCGACUCAUCUGCUGCCCUACUUGGUGCUGGGCAGCAGCAGCAGCAGCAGCAGCCGGCGCGGCUGCGGAGGGCAGUCAUUAGUACUAGCAGUGGUGCAAAACUGAACAACGCAGCAGCACCGUCCACGGAAUCCUUCCCGCGGCGGCGUGUCGUACCAGGCGGGCCCAGCCGCAGCAGCGAGGAGCAGCGCGUUCUGCUGCUGCCCCGCGGCGCAGCAGCAGCAGCAGCAGCUCCCCAAGCUGCUGCUCUGACGGCGCCCAGUGCAGCACCUGAAGCAGCAUGGCAGCGGGAGAGCCAUUUGCUGCCUUCGAGCGCUGCGCUGCCGCCGCUGCUGCCAACACCGGCGCAGCAGCAGCUAGGUGUUUGCUGCAACGCAGCAGCAGCAAAUAACCACAUGCUCGUUAAGAUGCGCUGA